AUGCCGGGGUGGAGUGGUCACCGCGCCGGCGGGGUGGCCAUCAAGGCUGCCAUGUUCCCGCCGCACUCCUUAGGCAAGUGUCUGACUGGGCAGAGAGGCGGGAGGCGGGAGGCCAGGCCACACCAUGGUGAGAGGCUGGCGGGCUCCCGGGGAAGCUCUUCCUCAACUCCAUCUUUGAGGGAGCAGCUGUGGUGGCCCCGGUUCAGUCGCCGACGUGCAGACGCCCAGGAGGUACACACCCUCGAGGUGACUGACCAGGUCACCCAGAUCAAGGAUCAUGUGGCCUUGUUGGAGGACAAUGCUCCAGAAGAUCAAGUGGUGCUCCUGGCAGGCCCGCCCCUAGAGGAUGAGGCGACCCCAGGUCGGAGGGGAGAGGAGGCUCACCACCCUGGGAGUAGCGGGCUGCAUGCUUGGGGUAAAGUCCAUGGUUUUCUGGCCCGUGCUGACAAAGUAAGAGGGCACACUCCCAAGGUGGCAGUGAAGAAAAAGAAGAACACAGACUGAGCCAAGUGGCGGAUGCAGUACAAAAGGUGCUUCAUCAAUGUUGUGUCCACCUUUGGCCAGAAGAAGGGCCCCGAUGCCAACUCUUAA